UAUAGCUCCAAUUGAGCUGUAAAUAUGCUGAAAAUAUAACAAUUAAAUUGAUUAUUACAAUUAUCUGUAUGUACAUAGAAUUAAAUGCCUCUGGUAUGGGUCUCUUUCUAUAGGUUCAUUGAGCUCAAGUGAGAAUAAAGGUGCUUGGUCUGUUAAGGUUUUAAAAGUACUUGUGUACAAGGCAGCGCAAAUUGGUGGUUUUGAAUUUGUCAAAACUGUCUUCAGUACUUCUGCUGGAAAAAUAGUAUUUUCCAAUUACAAGGACAGUGCUACAUUACCAGAGGAUGCUGCCAGAGCUAAUGGACAUACAACCUUGGCUGAUUACCUUCAAGGCUUGAACACCAGGUUGUCAAAAGAAAGCAGCAAUGAUACAGGGACUGAAAACAUUGAUUGGUUGGAACUGAAGCAUGCUGUAGAUAAGGAGCAGAGUCUGCCUUGCACUGAUGAUGCACAGAUGUUGAAGAAUUGUCAACCUUCAAGUCUUCAAAGUGAUCAUGAUGGAAGUGACUACUUAGCAGAUGAUGAAAUGUCAGCUUGUUCAUCACCAUCUCACAGUAAAUUGUCUGAUACAGAACAUGAAGACCAUAGUCAAGAUACAAUAACUUACAGGGGUUUGAAGAAGGUAAAUGAAGAGAAUCAUCCAGUGGAAAACGAUGAUCUGUCUUUGUUCCCUUUGCACCUUGUUGGAAACCAACUUGAAGUCAUUCCUUCUAUCAAGGCUGAAAAUGGUGCAAAUGAGCACAAACAGCUAGACUCUGGAGAGGUGGAGUCACACAGCAGUGAAGAUGACAUGAAUGAAAAUGAGUAUGAAUGUGCCAGUUUUAAAACUGAUCAACAUGGUCUCAAUCAGAUUGAAAGUGAGAUCAUCGCCUCAACACAUAUUGAAGCUAUGCAAUAUCAAUUAUGGAAAUCAGAAGCUCGUCUUGAUGUGAUGGAAGCCAGAAAAGAAAUGAUUCCCUCCCUAAAAAGAUGCAGAGAAAUCAGAGGGAAAUCAGAAGCUCUUCUUGAUGUGAUGGAAGGCAGAAAAGAAUUGAUUCCCUUGGACGAAAGAUGGACAGAAGCGAACGGUAUGUUUGUUACUUAGAGGUCAAUUUUCUUUGCAAGUGAUACCUAACUAAUGAGAUAAGCAUGGAAUCACAGACCAUGUAUACACCUGUAUUACACCCCUAACAAUGAAGUAAGUUUUUAACCUAUAGGUCGACUUUAUUUGCAAGUGAGAUAAGCAUGGAAUCGCAGACCAUUCAUACACCUGUGUUGCACCUCAAGCAGUACUAGAAAGAAAAGGAGAUAUACACUCUGUUAAUAUGGUAACAUGGUAAAUGAAACUUCCAUUAUUGUGAGCUUUAGCCCUUCUUCAAAGCCAGAAGUGGGUUGAAGAGAUUCAGAAGGGGAUUACUAGCAAUUUUAUUACUAUAGUAGUCUUUCUUUUUAUGCCAUUGGCAAGCACAAGGUCAUAACAAAACAUUGCUGUCGACAUAUGCAAUCUCUUUUGCAGUCUUCGUUUUGCCUUUUUCUUUAUUACUUCUUAUUCUGUAGUGUAAGUGGCUUAUCAAUUAUGAGUUUGUUGGUUAAUGGUUCAAGGAAAUACACUUCUUGACGCUGUCGUUGGCCACUUGCUUAAUUGGAUGGCGUUAUCUCGAAAACAAGAUUCCGAGAGAGUUCAUU